AUUAGACAAAAAAGACACAGAUAAGCGACCACCAUCACCUCAGUCAGAUGAUGAAUGUAAACCCCUGCCUCCUGAAUCACCAGUACCUGAUUUUACAGAGACAUUUGUAGAAAACAUCAUUACAAUGACAGAUAUAUCACCCUGUGAAUUAUCUGAUUCCGAUGAUUUAUCACAAACUUCAGACCUGUUUUGUACAGUGGAGAGAGCAGCAUCACCAGAGUCAGUUGAAUCAGAUAAGGAGGAGUUAAGGUUGUCACGCAAAUCAUCAGUGACAACAGUAAAAGUCCCAACUGAAGAACCAAAAGCUCCUACUGCAUGUGAAGAAUCAGCAGUCGAGGUUGCUGAGUACAACCUAGUUUAUGAUGCUGAGCUAUGGAAGUUAAUCUCUCACAUACGGGAUCCUCAGUAUGCAGGGGAAACUUUCAGCAGUAAAACAGGAUUUAUGCAAUUCAUUUGCAGCAAAAUAGAAUAUGGAAGGAGUGUUUCAGAUGAUGAGCUAGAUGAUUCAUUUAAAGUUCAAGAUGAGCAAGAGGCUAAUGUUUUAGAACCUCCUUCAGAGACCAGAAGUAAGUUCACAACAGACACAACUCAAGUCAACAUAGCGCAGUCCCCUCCACCAAUGCUUGAACAUAUUUUUCCUUCGGGAGCAGUUCCUUACAGGCAGACUAAGUACAUGUUUGAAAUGACUGAAUCAAUAACUCGACAUGAUGAGAGAGAGGCUGAUGUUUCAAUGUCUGUUGCAGAGGAUAAUGAUCUCUGCUAUUCACCAGAUUCAGCAGAGUACAGACCCAUGACCCCUGAUUCAGCCAUGCAAGUAGAAGUAAGAGCAUCAUCACCAGAAUCUGUAACAUCAGUUAAUGAGUUUAGAGCGCUGUCACCUGAUUCUCCUUUACCAGAAUUUAGGAGUACGCUGCCUGAGUGUAUCACCUUCCUGAGAUCAGCAUCAUAUUCACCUGAGAACGUAGCUUCAGAUACAGAUGAUAUGCCACUGGAUUUUGAAUUUACAGAGUGGAGGGCAUCAUCUCCAGAGUCUGCACAGUCAGAGGAUCAGAAUGAGAAAGACAGGUCACUAUCACCUCAAUCAGAGCCAGAGUAUAGACCUAUGUCACUGGAAUCGGCCAUGUACAUGGUUGACAAAAGAGCUUCAUCUCCAGAAUCAAUGACAGAGCACAGUGUGAACAGAUCACUGUCUCCUGAUUCCCCUGUGCUUCAGUUUAUGGCAUCAUUAGACACAUAUACCACUACCAUCAGAUCAUCAUCGCCUGAAUCGGUUGGUUCAUACUCGGAGUGUGAGUUUAUAGUCACAUCAUCGAGAACCACAGACACUGAGAGACCAUCCUCACCUGAAUCCAUAUCGUCUGUCAGUGAGUUCAGACGACUCAUGCCUGACUCACCAGUACCUAUGUUUAUGAGAAUAUUAUCCUCAUAUUUUAUGGAUGUAGGUCCCUCAGAUAGAUCUUCCUCACCUGUGUCUUUGACCUCAGAGUCUGAGUUUGUGGCUUUACCUGUUGAUUAUUGGAUGGAUGACAGCCCACGGCCACUGAGCCCUCAGAGCAUCGAGUCAGAGGAGGAAUCAGGCUUAUAUUGUACAGGAAGUUUAAGUACUUUAGUCUCUAGACCAGGACAUUUGAGUCAUGUGACAUCUACCUCAUCACCUGAGCAGACUUUAUCAGGACUUCACAAAACUACUAGUGAGGCAUUAUCUGAAGGAGGACCUGCCAGUCCUAACUGGUCUAAAAUGACACAGUCAGAGUAUGAGGACUGGCUGCAGUUUAAAUCAAUGACUAGAAGUUACUUGACUUCACAAACCACUGUUUGUGACAAAGACUCCCCUGUGAAGAGAUCACAAGGUGUCAAAGGAACAGAAGAAGAAACGCCACAAAGGGCCUCUCAGGCAUCAGAUGAAACUCAGGAAGCCAGUGAAUUAGGUGCAUUGUCCACUAAUGACUCAGAAAGUUUACUGGACAAGCUGAGACCUCUACAGCUGCCCGACCACAGCUCAUACACAACCCACAGAACCGUUACACCUGUUCUACCGUCAUAUGAGAAGAAGUCACACAGUUUUACUGGAGACUCAGACUGGGAGCUCCCCCCAAAUGAAGCACAGUCCAGCGAGCUUUUUUCACCCAUGUCCAGCCAGUUCUUGAUACCUCCAGAUUAUGAAGCUGUAUUUUCAGGACAUCAAACCCUGAGAGUUUCUGAAUGUAGUCAAGCCUCCUUGAAUGAUUUAAGUCCUGUUUCACCUGUGUUCAGCAACUCAGCUCAAAUUGUGACUGAAGACAUCAGCAAAGAGUCUGGAACUCUGGGAGACUUUGAGUUUUCCCCAGACUUUAAUCGAGUCCUGUCAGAAUUUGAGAAAACUGCGUCUGAAUUUGAGUCAGAGCAACCAAAAGUUCUUCCAAAGAAACCAAGAAAGGACACAGAGUCUCCACAGCACUCGGACUCAGAUGUGGAAUUCUAUGACUGUAGACAAGCCCUCUCUGACUACUCUGACCCAGAAGAACCAAAACUAGACCAUGAACUUUAUUAUCACAUAUCAGAACCCCCAUCUCCUAUGCCUGGAAGCAGCCCAGACGUUGGCUUCCUAAGAAGGAACCCUCAGUACCGAGCUCAGCCUUUCCUCCGAGUUGAAGAUUACAAGCGGUUCUCCUCUGGCAGUGAAAGCCUCGGUGAAUUUGCUUAUGAUUCAGAUUCACGAGAGUGUAGAGCAGAGGGCAAUCUCCCCAUGUGUGAGGAGCUGCCUUCCAGAGAUCAGGCAGGGUAUUAUGAUGAUGACGACUUCCUAGGAAGGGUAAGAGGUUGAGCAUGAGCACAACGCUGCACUGGUUGGUGUGUUGCCUGGUCAGGCUGGUUGCUGUAGGGCUGCAUUGAAGAGACGCAAGUGUACAGACUAAACGAGGCUAACAAAUGCUGUUGUAUGCAUGAGAGCCUUCCCCUUUAGAGACUGAAAAUAACACAAACUGACCAGUGAAUGAGUUGUGGUGGAUUGUGUAUCAGUACUCUUUGAACGUGUUUGUCAGAGCAGUGGUGUGACAACUGUUGCUGUUAUAUGAGAUGUUUUUACUGUCACAACUGCACUAAAGAACAGGUACAAGUCAUGCACUUGUUUUGCAUCUUUUGAUUUCUGCUUGUUGUUCCAUCCUUGCAUGUGUUUUUCAGUUAACGGUUUUUGCAUACCUGUGCCUUCUCUUCAUCUCACAUCACUGUUAUAUGUACACGUUAUGGAUCUCCAUCACUGAGGCAGGAUGUGACACAAGUGUUAAGGCGUUGUGAACAAUCCACUAGAGCAAAGAUUAAUAUGAAGCAGCUACCAAUGUGGCACUGUGAUUCAGAGCUAUUUCAAAUCAACACCUCGUGAUACAAACACAUUUGAUUUCAUUUCUUUGGUUCCUCCUUAAAUUAAGUAAUGGCAUCCCAUUUUUACAUCACCUAUUUCUUUCUCUAGUACCGCCGUCUUAUUCAUGUGUCUAUUUGACCCUUUUCACAAACACUGUCUGACAAAAGUCAGGUCUGUCUUUCUUUAAACCACUCCUUCCUUCCUAUUCUAUGUCCAGUUACACUUUUGUAAUGUGUCGAAAACAGUCUUAAGGUUUUUUAAUACAUGUGUGAAACAUUAUUGACUUCAGAGAGGAGGAAUCAGUUUACUAGUAAAUGUAAAAAAAUAAAUAAAAAUUACCAUAUUUUUAAAUAGCAAAGGCUUGGGUCUUCUACUAAUAGUUAUAGACAAAUAUUUUUUUUGUUUCAAAGAUGUAAAAAUUCAUCCCCAAUUGUCUUUGGUCCACACUUUCAAUCAGGUGCACCAUUGCUAAUCUGUGAAUUUUAUCAUCCCUUCCUAGUGCAUAUACUGUCUUUGUUUAUUUCCCAUUUCAUUUUUUCCAUAUGAUCCUUUUCCACAAGUGAAUAUAAAAGUGAGGUUAAGAGAAAAGAAGGAUCAGCUGCUGCCUGCAGGACUGUUAGUGCUGUGGUGUUACUGUGCGGACUGGUUUAUUGACCUGUACUGGUUGUGUGCUGUCUCCCAGGAGAUAGCAGAGGAGCUAGGGAUGCUGUCCUCUGAUAGUUCAGAGGAGGAGGUGUUGACCACCAGGGUGGUCCGACGCAGAGUUAUCAUUCAGGUAAACAAGCAUGAUGCGCAGUAC